AUGCAGUACAACAAUAAUAAUAAUGUUCAAACAGUUCAUUUGGUACGCGAUUCUACUGAAAAAAGUUGGGGUUUUCGUUUACAAGGUGGUGCCGACUUUUCGAUUCCUUUAUCCGUACAACUGGUUAACCCAAAUACACCAGCUCAACAAUCGGGUUUAGCACCAGGAGAUCAAGUUCUGACAAUAAAUGGACGAAACGUAACCAGUGUUAGUCAUCAAGAAGCAAAAAUGGAAAUAACACGCUCAGGAAACGAUUUAGAAUUAAUAAUUGUCAAGGGUGCUGUUGACAUUUCAUCGUCGAAUCAACCAUUGAAGCCACAGUCAGUAUCACAAUUACGAACAGGACCUGUACAGCAAAUACCAACGACAGCAAAUGAUACGGCCAGACAAAGUUAUGCAGUAGAAAAACCGGAACCAACUCGUAUUGGUAGCAGUCAUAACAGAGCUCCGAUGCCAUUUGAUAAACGUGUUGGAAAUGAACUCGUCUACCAGUCAGCUAAAUCAGCUAAUUGGGAACCAGCUAAUUUCGAAACUUCAACAGCGUACAAUAAAGAUCCUUUAGUAAAAGAGCCAUGGCGACCAAAGUCCUAUCGUGACGAUCCUAAUGCACCACCUCGCAACGUAGGAACUGCUAUUUUUCAUUCGCAAUACAAUUCGCCAAUUGGACUUUAUAGCGAUGAUAAAGUAUUAGAGGCAUUCAAAUCACAAGCGGGAAGUUUAAUUGAUGAUAUCAAAGGAGGAAGUGGUGGUACAAAUAAUCCAUACCCACCACAACAAAAUCCGAAUGCAUUUGUACCAUCAUCACCGACAUAUCAGGCUGUUAUGAACCAGAAUUCGUCCUCAAAACCAUUAUCGUCUGAAUCGAAGUUAUCACGUUCAUUUCGUAUGUUAGAACAAGAUUUGGGCGAUGCUAAAGAUACUGGACGUGCACCAAUGUCUAUAUUUGAGCAAAGACGACAACAGCAGCAACAACAACAACAAAAGCCAGUCACUGGCUUCCGAAGCGUUAAACCUCCGGAAGAGGUCCCUGUGGAUCAACAACGCCGUCCUUAUCAUACAGAAUACCAAGUUGAACACGUUCAAGAAAAAUGGAUAGAACCGAAAUAUCAAUAA